UGAUCAAUGAUUGCUAAUAACAAUUUAUAAUCCAAAUAAAUUAUUGGUGAACAAUCAAUUCAGUGAUUCUUAGAUUUUGAUUGUAUUGUAACAAUUUUCUGUCCUCCUUUGUAUCCAUAGUGUUUUCUUUGCCACUCCAUUGCCGAUGAUACCUCUUUUAACCAACGACUGUUGGUUAAUCAACAACAAUUUAGUGAAUUUUUGUUAAUUGUUAACCAUAAAUUGUUUUCAUCAAGCUAAUAUCAUCUUGCCAUCUAAUAGAAAAGUGAAAUAAACAAAAAUAAAAUAACAUGAAGAUCAUCAUAAUACAAAUUGUGUCAAUCAUAUUGACAAAGUUACUCCUUCCGGUGAUGGGUGGACCAUCAACAGAACAGCGUAAAAAUAAUAAUCCUGAAGUUUGGUCAUUCAAUCUUCCCGAUUUACCUGGACAAUUAGGAGCAAUUAAUACAAAUAAUCAAAAUUUCAUCAAUAAAAGACAAGAUGAUGAUGAAGAUGAUCCAUCUUUUCGAGAUGCAGUAACAACCUAUGGUCGAAAUAGGUGGAACAAUUUUCGCAACAGUUUCGUUGAAUUUUGGGACAUUGUCCGAGCGGGUGGACGAGGGAUUCGUGGUUGGUUUGUCUCUGAUAAUGAUUAAUUCAAUUCCAAUGAUCACCGAUAAUUCUUAAAGUAAAAAGUGACCAUCAGGAGAAAACAAUAUCAAAUCAAGUAACUUUUACAAUCUCCAUCUCAAGUUGUUCAUAUGCUAAUCACUUUAAUAACAUAUUCA